AUGCACAUGACGCAUAGAGGAAAAAACAAAAAUAGAAUCUAUGGUUAUGAAAAUUUUUGUAAAACAAUUUUGUUAUGGCAGAUAAAGCGGAUUGGAGAAUUAGCGAGAAGUUUAGAAAACCUAGACGAACAAAAGGUACUCCAGCCUUUCAGUUAAGAAACUAUUUUGCCUUUGGAGGGUUAGCUUUUGGAGCAAUUUCUUGGUAUCUUUAUGAAAAUUGGUCCGCAACAAAGAAAGUAAGAAAAUCAUUCCUUGAGGGUAAAUUUGAUAUGCCGGAUGGUUUAAUAUUAAAAAUUAAACACAUAGAAGCUUCAACAAGGGGUGGUGCAGUUGAUGAACUGUUAGCAAAAGCUAGGGAGAGAGAGGUUCAAAAAUAUGCCCCGGACAAACCAGAAGACCAACCAUGGCUCAUCAAAAUCUUUAAUUCAAAGCCUGAUAUAUAAAAAUGGAUCUAAAACGACGGGCAAAGAAAAGGCGUUAUCAUCGUCAUCAUCAUCAGAGGACAUAUCUUCACCAUAUAAAAACUCGUUAACCAAAAUAAAACCCGUAAAUAGCGAUGAUAAUGACGAUUUCAAAACUCCCGUUAAAAUGUUUACGAAGAUGUUCAAGCAGGCACCUUCAAAAAAAGGAAAGUCAAAUGCCAAAAAAUCUAAUAAUAAGAUAAAAAAUCCUAUAAUAAAACGCACAAAAGACAAUUUCAAAAAUUUGGAUGUGGAUGCUGAGCAACUGCAAAUGGCUAUAGCUUUGUCGAAGUCUACGUUUGCGCAAGAAUAUCCAGAACAAGCUCUUCAUAAUACAGAACCAGAUUUGCCUACGUUUUUAUCUCCAAAUAAUAUCCCAAAAUGUACUACUUUUCUGGAAAAGUAUGGUUUUAAAUCUAAGAGGUCGACAUUACAAGCAGAUUUUAGUGGAGAAGUAAUUAAAUUUCAGGAAACAAAAAGACCAAAAAAAUCAAAGUACCGAUUCGUAACACCGGUUCUUUUUCUUCGCAGUGAUAAAGAAAGAAAAGAUUUAAUUGAUACCAAAGUUUCUCGAUUAUUAAGCGAACAAAAAGAAAACACUUCAAGAAACGCCAACAUACAUUCUGUUGAACUAAACAGCACGUUUUUAGGAGAUUAUGCGCAGGAAAAGAAAUGUUGGCAAAUGAACUGUUUUAACGAUUUCGACGCGUACAUUUGCCCUUCUCUUGAACUGUCUCCAACUAAGGCUGCAGCGGGAUAUCUCCUUAAAGAUUGGGAUAGCAUACCAGGUAGAGCCAGGUCACCAAUUCCAGAUACAGUGUCUAAAGAAGUUAGUGACGAUGAUGCUACAGAAUUUCAACAUUCGAGCAUGAAGUCAAAUGAAGAGUGUUCUUCAAUAAACCAAGAAGAUCAAAUGUGUUUGGAUGCUCAGAGUAACAAAGUAAGUGAGAAUGAGUAUGACAUCGAUGUUAUAGUAGACGCAGAAGUCGAACAGUCGUUUAAAGUCUGUAAUAUCGAACAAGAAGUGCAGAAAAACAUACAUGGUUGUGAUAAACUUGAUAUAAGCGUAUAUAAAGUUGAUAAAUGCAUUUCUCCAGAUUUAUUUGACUCUGAUAAUGAUAACGAAUAUUGCAAAUCUCCAAUUAAACGUUUUUCAAAAGAUAACAACUUAACCAAAGAAUUGUUAUCAGAAAAUUUGCUUGAUUCUUCCACAGAUCUUAAAGAUAUGCCUACAGAUAAGAGGUCACAUAUUGGUGUUAAAGAGUCGCCAAUAAAAUCUAGAUAUUUUGAAACUAGUCCAGAUAACUUUAAAAUGUCUUCCCUCGGUAAAGAUACGGUGCAAAAAAUUAGAUGUAAUUUAUAUAAUAAAGGAAUAUCUUGUGAUCCACCGAACUAUUCACUAGAUAUAAAACCUCUUGAUUCAACGGUUGAUACAGUAUCAUUGGAAAAUAGGUCUAGGCUUAAUAGUAGUGAAAUAGUUACUGAUAAAUCCGAAGAAAGUCAAUAUAAAGUAUAUAAAAACGAUCAAUGUAAGGAGACAAAUUUUUAUUCAUGUGAUAAUUCAUCUUUUAAAGAAAUAUCAAGGUAUGAUUUACCUGAUAAUAAAACACUUGAAAAUAAAGAAGAUCUUAUUGGUGAUAUAUCAAAUGGUUCAAAUGAUUUCGUAUCUGAAUCCAGUAAACAAAGCCAAAACAAAAAUGAAGCAUCUGAUGGCGAACCGAUACAAAGUUCCAUUCAAAAUAUCUCAUCAACUAAAGAAGUUUUGGAUUUUGGUUCAAGCUAUACCAGAUUAAAAAACUCUGCAGAGAAUCAUGAGGAUGUGCAUGAUUUGUCAUGCACAGAAUCCGAAACAGAAUCGACACUAUCUGAGCAAUUACCGAUUUAUUCGAAUAACACAAGUCUUCCUUGUUCUAGUAAAGAAACAUGUAAGAGUACUAAAAUAUCUACGAUAGCAUUGUCCACGAGUGAAUCGCCAAACAGAUCUUAUCGGAAGGUUUCAAACGUCGAUGACUUAACUAAGAAUGUAUCAGUUUCCAGUGAACACUUAAACUUGAGCUCAAAAUCUUUUGUAACUAAACGGAAGAAACAGUUUACGAAAUUUUACAGUAGUGAAAUGUUAGAUAUGGAUUUGUCUGAUAGCGAGAUACCAAAUAGUUGUGUAAAUUUGUCUGGAAAAUGCAAAACUGUAUCUGAUGAUAUGUUAGGAAUAAACCUCUGCGAGGAAAAGAACAGUCCUGAGUUAGUUAAAGAUUCAAUCAUAGAUUUAUCCCAAACCGAUUCCAACGAUUCAGAAUCGUCUCCUUUCGACGCGCAGAAAGAUGAUCUUAGUUUGUGUAAAAAUGAUUUGGGUGAAACAAUAAAAGUUACGAUAGGUGAUCAUCAUCAAAAUACUGCCAACGGUGAUGAUGCAUUUGGUAAACCAGUUAAAGGGAAUGAAGAAAUGGUGGAUUUAACUCAUAGUUCAGACGACAACACCAGAGACAUUGAAGACUUGAAUAAAAAAGUUGGCACAGAAUCCAAUCCGCAAUGUAAAAAUGAAGAAAAGCUUGGAGAUUCAUCAAGACAAUCUUUUGGAAUAAAGACCUAUUCUAGAGAUUCUGGCAAUGCUUCGUGUGAGUUCAGCUCGACAAAGUCAUUGAAUGUAACCGAUUACGUCCUAGGAAUUUUAAACUUAGAAGAUGAUGCAGCUACAGAGAAUAAUUUGAAAGAUAGUGAAGAUCUUCCAGAUGCUGAAUAUUUUAGCCAAAGCCAUAGUACUUGUUCACAAGGAAGUAUAGAGAUACUAGAUGAUGAAGAGUUAAAUUAUUCAAGCAAGUUUAGUGCUGAACAUCACAAGGAUUUUUAUAAUUUAACUAAUUUUGAUGAUAUGUGUAUUAAUCAUUGUAAUGAAUCUAAGGAUAUUGAUGAGGUACACUUAGAACUGAAGAAUAAAUACUGCCAACAAAACAAUACUGAUAAUGACGAUAAUGAUAAUGGUAAAGAUAUCUCUCAGGAGUCCUUGUCAAAGCACGAAUACUUUGAACCAAUGGCGACAACGAAUUUAGAUAAACCCAGUCCAAAAAACAAUAAAAGAAACCUCAGUAACGAUAGAAAUACAGAAACUCCGGACAAAAACUCUCAACUUAACUACAAAUCAACCACCAACACUAAUACCACCCCAAAUGAAAAUGUUAUUAUAAAAACUAACAAUAUUACACCAAUGGCAAAUUACGAUGGCAUGAAUUCUCCACAAAUUAGAUUAGAAUUGGAUAAAUUUGGAAUCAAACCUUUGAAAAGACGAAGAGGUAUACAGCUGCUGAAAUAUAUAUACGAUACAACGCACCCAUUUGUGCAGGAUGAAAAUGUAGAAGAGGUAUCUGAGGAAGAACAAACAAGAGAAGCUAAGAGGAGAAAAUUAUCCGAUAAAUUCGAAAGGACUGAGGCCAUUAACAUUGUUGGAAACUCUUUAAUUGAAAGUGAGCAGGAAAGUGACUUAUUAUUCGAAAGAAAAUUCAGAAAAACAAUUAUGUCUUGUCGAGUUCCGUUACAGCUAGCGUGGUACAAUUUUUUAUGUUGUAAUCCGUCCCUUACAGAAAGUAUUGUUUUAUAUGAGCCCAUACAAUUAGAAGUAAUUCAUUCAAUGCUAAAAGAACAAUCUGGAUGCAAUUUUCAUGUUGAGGAUCUUAUAACCUUUCUAGAUAAAAAAUGUAUCACCUUCCGUACUAAUCAAUGGCAGGGAAGCAGAAAAAAAGCGAAAGAAAAAAGUUGAUGAUGGUUUUAUUAAUUUUUGUAUAGUCAAAUAUAAUUACAAUGUAAAAUAUUUUUAAAUAAACUUCAAGACUCUAUUAAUUUCUAUAACAUGGUCGUGUUAUAAACAAUUUUGUUAUUGUCAAUUUUAAUUAUUUUUAUGUUAUAAAAUGUUUUAAAUUAAACUUUAUACAUAU